GCGGGCCCCCACUGACAGAACCCUCUCCAGCGCCUCCCUCUCUCUCUCUCUCUCUCUCUCACGAGUCGCCAACAGAGGAGCGGCGGCGGCGUCCGGCGGCGCGCGUCGAGCGCGAAGGAGGCCAGGACCAAGAGGCAGGCCGGCGACCAGCAGCACCCCUGUCUUCUUCGCUGCCGAUUCCUCCCCAGGUUGGAAGGAUGAGGAAGGGACUUCAUCCCCAGAUGCAGUGGAUCUCGUACGUGACGCAGAGCGGCCGGCUGAUCAACAUCAUGAUGACCAAGGUGAACCACACCGGUAAGGUGUACCACAUGAGGGCGAAGCGCCAGAUGGCCCAAAGCCUGGGCCAGAUUGCCAAGUUCAAACGCCGGUACGAGCAGGAAGCGUCGGAGGAGAAUCAAGACAAGUAGGGCACCGCUGUUUGCAGGGGAGCCAUAGAUUCUCCUUAGCCUUAAGCUGCAUCAUCAGAUUUUUUUUGUUAAUGAACUUUGUUCGUUGAAUUUUGUUUCCGUUGUCACGGAUAAUGCUUUUUAAACCUCUGCAAGUUUGUGUCACUCACAUGUUGGGAUUCUCGAAGCUAUAAUAAAACAAAAAGAAAUGUAACCAAUUA